AUGGGGAACACUUCGUCGAUGCUGACUCAGUACGAUAUCGAAGAAGUCCAGAGCCAUUGCCAGGAUCUAUUUGAGCAGCAGGAGAUUCUGUCUCUGUAUCAAAGGUUUUGCCAGUUAGAUCGUAAUGCAAAGGGAUUUAUAUCUUCUGAUGAGUUUCUCUCUGUGCCUGAGUUUGCCAUGAAUCCACUCUCUCAGAGGCUGCUUAAGAUGGUUGAUGGUUUGAACUUUAAGGAUUUUGUGGCUUUCUUGUCUGCAUUCAGUGCCAAGGCAAGUCUUAAACAAAAGGUUAAACUGAUCUUCCAAGUGUAUGAUUCUGACUGCAAUGGGAAAGUGUCCUUCAAUGAUAUCAUGGAAGUGUUGCGAGACUUAUCAGGGUCUUUCAUGUCUGAUGAGCAAAGAGAGCAAGUAUUAGGCCAGGUUAUGAAGGAAGCCGGCUACACAAGUGACUCUUUCUUAACACUUGAGGAUUUCAUAAAGGUCUUUGGGAGUUGUAGUCCGGAGAUGAACGUUGAAAUUCCUGUGGAUUAG